CAUUCUAGAAGAUAUAUAAAUUCCGGCGGAAUGUUUGCAAAAUAAACAGUAUCUAAUUAGAUUUCAUCGCAAGCAAUCGGUGUAUAGUGAUUCCAUUCUAUAUUUCGUUGAGCAAUUUCGAUAAAUUCAGGGCAAAAUGUUUAAGAGUGCGAUUAAGACGAUUUUCGUAUUUGUGCUGCUGUCACUUUUUAGCCAGCAUUACACUAAAGCUGAGCCACAGAAUUUAGUUCAAGGUUUUGGCCAGCUGGCUGGAUCGGCUCUAGGUUCAGCAGCCGGAAGUUUCGCUCGUGAGACGUUCGGUGGAGGACGUGGUUUUGGAGGGCAAAAUGGUGGUUUUGGAGGUCGACCUGGUUUCGGAGGAUUCGGCGGUGGUCCAGGAUUUGGUGGCGGACGAGGUUUCGGCUAUCCUGGAUAUGGUGGCUAUGGUGG